AUGAUCAUGGAAUUGUUCUUUUGGAUGGAUAAAUAUUCACUCUUUAAUUUCAUUCAAUGUAGCAAGUGUAUUUAUCAAUUAUUCGAUUCUGUGAUGGCCACCAGUUUAACUCAAAUCCGAUUAAAUUAUUUAAACAAGAAAGUGAAACAUGUGAUGACAAGACCAAUUCCUCCGAGAUUAAUUGAAGUCUUUUCCAAUAAUAAUCUGAACAACAAGAAUGUCAUGCUGACUUACGAUGAUUAUUUCCAUCAAAAAAGUGCUUCUUCUUGGCCUUCCUCAUACUUUUACAAUGCUCACGAUCAUAAGCAGACCAUUAUUUCGAAAUUGGAUGCCAAAGAACUUGUGAAAAAUCAAGAUCAAGAAAUACCUAGGUCUGCUGUGACAUCUUUGCCAACAUAUACUGCAAAAGAAGAGGCUGAAUAUUCAACAAAAGAAAUACUUCAGACCAUGGUGUUCCCGUAUGGCAUGUUUCCACAGAAAGAUACGUACGAACUGACCUUUGACGACUAUGUCAAACGAAAAAUCAACUUUUCAUAUCUGAACGAGCCUGGUCCUUUUGCAAUGGAUCAAUCCAAGAAGGAGUUUGUCAUUACUGAGACGCUCUAUGAUUGUAUUCAAUAUGCUGAUCACAAUGUUGAUUAUCACUUUUAUUCAGAUUCCAUGAACAGGAGUUUGAGAACUCCUUUUUGUGAAAGAAUUGUUAGAUUUUUCAAGCAUCCUCACGAAAUGACGCUUCAAGAUUUCGAUCAUCGAUUCAAGAAUGAUAUUUUGAAAGAAAUUGCUAAAAUUCUAGUCUAUGACUGUGCUUUUGAACAUAACAAGACGACAACCACUCAAGAGAGAUUUGUUGUCGCAGGUGGAUCUUUAUUACACACACUCACGGGUUGUGGCUGUGGAGAUAUUGACAUUUUUGUCAUGUGUAAUGGUGAGGAUGAGAAAACCACAGUUUCCAGUGCCAUUAAGAGUCUCCUAUUGAAAUUUGAAAGUUUAACACAUCAUUUGAAAUAUAAUAUUAUGAAAUCAAAAACAACGAUUAACAUUUGCUCUGACGGACACUCCAUGAAUACUCAAUAUCAAGUAAGCGCCGAUCCUAAUUAUAACAUUCAAAUAGUAUUGCUCAAAUUUGAAACCAUUGAGGAAUUGCUCGCUUUUUUUGAUCUCGAUUGUUGUAGAUUUGCCUAUGAUGGUUCCAAGCUCUAUACCUUCCUGGAAGGAUUACGAUCAUUGAAGUACAAGUUGAAUAUUCUCCCUCUAGAGACCUCGAAUGGAGAAAUUAAUCGAAAACGAGCUGAAAAGUAUGGUAAACGCGGAUUUUUCACACUUUCACUUCCCACAUUCCACCCACUCUCUCACGAGAUGCAUAAUGAUUUUAUGAUUGAAGCCAUUCGAUCUGAAAUGAUUGAAAAAUAUUCACAACGCUAUUUGCACGAUAGACAUUCACCUUCAUAUUCCUUCUUCCAAAGAAUUGGUAACCCAUGUGAGAAGUAUUUUGUACAUCCUACCUUCUAUCAUAUUUCUCCCCUUGUAGGAGGUCUAUCUAUGGAUUUGGAUGAAAGUUGUUACCUCUAUCCGAUCGUUCUGAGAAAUGCAAGUUAUACAUUGAUCGAUCUGUGUCGAAAGUUUGGAUUAGAAACUGCCUUGCGAAUACUCUUGCCAUGUCUUGAAAGACAUAAAGGUUAUUAUUCCAUAGAUGCUUCACGUAUGAAUCAAACCAUGUCUAACCUAGAUGCUGUUUUAAUGUCAUCAGAAAAACACGAUUUACUCCAUGAAAGAAUGAAUGAAAUUCUUCAAAAAGAUGCCUAUUUAUUCGUUGAAAAACCAAGUGAGUUAUUUUCAGCCAUGAAUCAACAAGAUCAAAUUCUACUGUCGACCAGAUAUUCAGAUCGCCACCUUCAAAACAAGUACAGAAUUCUCAAAUGCCAAGAAUGUGAAAAAUAUGAAUAUUCUCCUUCCAAAUGUUCCUUAUUGGAAGCACACAAGCAUCAAAAAGAUUUAGAAUUUUGGAAUAUUGCAAGAGAGCAUCCUGAAGUUAUGAAAUGGGCAACACAAAGAGAAGAACAUUCUCAUCUAGUCGACGAGGAGGAAAAUCAUCAUGACCAAGCAUUUAUUGCCAGACGGGAUUAUCUUCCCAAAGAACAUUUCCUAUGUAAAUCAUGUGAAAUAGAACUUGAAAUUGCUAAGGAAAUUGAAAACUUUCCGUGCCAUGCAGCAAACGUAAUUUUUUGA